ACUGCUUAGUUUAUAUUGUCUCUUAUCCUUUCCUGUCGCUCAACCGCUUUCUACCUUGCCUGUGCCGCGGGGUGUGUCUUCAAUAUGUUUACUCUUCCCGGGCGCCUCGUCCCACUCGUGGCUUGGACGGCCACGCUUUUAAGUCUCUCCAGAGCUGCCACAGUCACCUAUGACUUCAACAUCACUUGGGUCACUUCAAAUCCAGAUGGCGCAUUCGACAAGCGUACCAUUGGUAUCAAUGGCCAAUGGCCACUGCCUCCCAUCGUCGCAAAUGUUGGCGACAAUGUUAUCGUCCGCACGACGAAUCAACUUGGGGAUCAGCCGACAUCUCUCCACUUUCACGGUUUGUUUAUGAACGGCACGACACAUAUGGAUGGGCCGGCUCAAGUAUCACAAUGCUCCAUUGCGCCAGGCUCUAGCUUCACCUAUAACUUCACUAUCAACCAGCCCGGCACGUAUUGGUACCAUUCCCACACCAAUGGACAAUAUCCUGACGGGCUUCGGGGACCUCUCAUCAUCCAUGACCCCGAUUCUCCCUUCCUGGACACAUUGUACCAGCAGGAAAAUGAGAGGAUACUGACCGUCUCGGACUGGUACCAUGAUCAAAUGACUGAUCUGCUGCCCGGGUUCAUCAGCAAAGGCAACCCCACCGGAGCUGAACCCGUCCCACAAGCCGCUCUCUUCAACGACACGCAGAACUUGCAGAUACCGGUCCAGCCUGGGACGACUUACCUCUUCCGUGUAAUCAACAUAGGGGCCUUUGCUGGCCAGUAUAUAUGGUUUGAGGGCCACAACAUGACCAUCAUUGAAGUCGAUGGUGUUUACCACCAGCCCGCGGUUGCGGACAUGAUCUACCUCUCUGCUGCUCAGCGGUGCAGUUUCUUGGUGACGACUAAGAACGAGACAACAACAAAUUAUGCGCUGGUGGCAAGCAUGGACACGACUCUGUUCGAUACGCUACCUGAUGACCUAGACUACAAUACUACGGCAUGGCUGGUGUACGACGACGCCCGACCUCUACCAGAGCCUGCGCUUGUCGAUGAGCUCAACCCGUUUGAUGACAUGACCUUGAUUCCGUACGACAACCUAACUCGCUUCGGCGAACCGGACAGGUCCAUUGAACUCGAUGUGAUUAUGGAUAACCUGGGAGACGGUGCCAACUAUGCCUUCUUCAACAACAUCACCUACAAGUCUCCAAAAGUACCCUCCCUCUACACAGCGCUGUCCGCCGGGGACAUGGCCACCGACCCGACCAUCUAUGGCACCUUCACGCACUCCUUUGUCCUCGAAAGGGGCGAAAUCGUGCAAAUCGUGGUUAACAACUUAGACACGGGCCGCCACCCCUUCCAUCUUCACGGGCAUGCCUUCCAGGCCGUCUAUCGCUCCGAGGAGGAAGGCGGGACUUUUGCGGACUCGAACGUGGCGGAAGAGGAUCUUGCGGCUGUCCCGAUGCGGCGCGAUACUUUGGUGGUGUACCCCAAUGGCAACAUCGUGCUAAGGUUUCGCGCCGAUAAUCCGGGCAUUUGGCUCUUCCAUUGCCAUAUUGAGUGGCACGUUGCGUCUGGUCUAAUCGCAACCAUGGUCGAAGCCCCCCUCGACCUACAAAAAACCAUCUCGCUUCCACAAGACCACCUCGACGCCUGCGCGGUACAAGACAUCCCAACCGCGGGCAACGCCGCGGGCAACACCGCAGACUUCCUCGAUCUAACGGGUGAACCCCGUUCUCCGGAUCCGCUGCCUGAUGGAUUCACAACCCGCGGCAAAGUAGCCCUAGCACUCUCCUGCCUCUGCGGCAUCCUCGGCGUCAUCGCCGUCGUGCUAUACGGCCUCGCACCCGACAACGGCACUUCCGCUCCCGCGUGGGCCGGGGAGCAGGGUGUCCAGGAGGAGACGCGGUCGUCGGAGGGCGAACCGGAGGUUGCCACUGUGGUUGCGACGUCUGGAGGUGGGGGUAAUGCGAAAGCAUGAUAUAUGAUUUAGGUUACCUAAUGGGGAAGAGGAAAGGGAAAAAGUAAAGAAAAGAAGAAAAGGGGUGUGAUGUGAUGAUAUGAGACGAAAUCAAAUGUGAAGAGGAUACGAGAAUAGGCCAUCCAUGUGUGCUGUUGCUUGGAUCUUAUAUAGGUAGGUACCUGCCUACCUACCUACCUACCUAUUUUAUUUGGUAUGUGUGAUAUAUGAGCGAUAUAUCUCGUUGUACGGAUCGUUUCGAAUAACUCUUACAUACCUACGUAACUACCUACCGAACGAACGAAAAAAACCCCCCCAAUGUUCCUUUAUGAUGCGCUGAAUAGGUUACUUCUGUGAUACCUGAUAGCUACCUGCAUAGGUAGGCGUGUGG